AUGCCUAAACAAGUGUAAUAAAAGUAAGCAGGAGGAAAAUUUGUGUCAACAGGUGACCCUGUGGCAGAUGAUAGAAAUUGGAUUGGAAGAGUCAAUAAUGAAUUAACAUGUACAGCUGCUUGGAAUAGAGAUUGGGGAUUCUUAGCUGGAAAUUCAGAGAAUCUCAAAUUAGAGGAUGCUACUAAACCCUAUAAUAUCGAUGAAUAAAUUAAAAAUCUACAACAAGAAAUUGAAAAAAUUUAGGUUGACCCUAAUAAAAUUACAAUUAACAGAACCUAUGGUAAAGGAGAUGCUUUGGAAAAGUUUUAGACUGAUCAAAAUAAUAAAUAAAGAAACAAAGACCUUAAACCUUAAGAUAGAAAAAUACCAAAAACAUGGAAAUAUCAAAAAGGCUGGAAACCAGAACCUGAUCCUUAUGAUCCAAUCUAAAAUAUGUUCAAAAACAAUAAAAAGAAAUGA